UACAGAAAUACUCUGCAAAUUGCACCAGCAUAACUUUAUCGUACCAUUUUCUCUUUACCAAAAGCUAAAGAACCCUAAUACCAUUUUUCUCUUUCGGUCAAUAAUUACUUUCCCAGUACCCUUUUCACAAAAGUACAUCAAGACUCUCAUCUUUGAAAGAAUUGAGAGAGAGCCCAAAUCCAUAACCCUAACAUCAAAUUAAAAGCUUGUCAAUUUAAACCAUAUAAGUAAGCAUUUGUAGACCAAAGUUGAAAGAUAAGCAAGAGAACUCAUAUUACAUACUCUACCAUGUCUUCCCUCUCAGGAAACGGAAUCAAUGUCAACAUAAGAUUGAAGCUUCUUAUAGACAAGAAUUCAAACAAGGUAUUAUGUGGAGAGGCAGGUAAAGAUUUUGUAGACUUCUUGUUUGGGCUUCUGCAAUUUCCAUUGGGUUGCAUAGUUGGUCUUCUUCAAGAAAAUAAAGCUCUUGUAUCAGUUGCCUUUUCCAAUAUCCUCCAAAGUGUUCAAAACCUAGAAGAUAGCUUUUUCCCAUCUCCUACAGUUAAACAAUCUCUAUUGGAGCCUGGAGUGGAUUCUUCUCAACUUGACUUUCAUCUCCUUUUCCCAAAGUUUAAACCUUUAUACCAUUCAUCGCAAUACUUUGGGAGUCCCAGUCAAAAUCCAACGAAGGGGUAUAUUAAAGAAGAUAACGCCAAGUAUAUGGUGAUGGAUAGUUUGAAUAUUACUCCAUGGUCUGAUAUUUCUCUUCUUACUCUUAUUAAUAAGUUUAAUAUCAGAGAGUUUAGCUCUGUUGAAGAGAAAAAUGUCGUCGUUAAUUUCAACAAGAGCUUGGAGUUAUUGAAGGCAUCGUUGGAGUCAGAAACAGUUCUGACUGAUGUGUUCCUUAGGGAAGAAUGAUGCUCCAUUUGUGAAAUGAAAUAAAUAGUCAAAAGAUGUUUAGGUAUAAGUUCAUCCUCGUACGUGUAAUAUGUGAUGAUAUAUGUAUGUGUGUGUGUGCGUGUGCGUGUGUGUGUAAUGUAUUUUUGGUUUGAAUGCUCUUGUAGCUUUGCGAGUUUAUACAUAAAUUAAUCAAGUCAUUUCCUUAUAA